AGGGUCCCUACUCCUCUCAGUGGCAGGCAGCUAUGGAUGCAGAGAUGGCUUCCUGGAAGUCCACAGGGACCUACGUUGACGCAGUUCCCCCUUCUGGGGCGAACAUUGUCACUGGCAUGUGGAUCUUCAGGGUGAAGCGGCCGCCGGGCUCUCCACCUGUCUUCAAGGCACGGUACGUUGCUCGUGGCUUCAGUCAGCGGCAGGGAGUUGACUACUUUCAGACCUUCUCUCCCACCCCGAAGAUGACCACUCUUCGGGUGCUGCUGCACAUAGCUGCUCAGCGCGACUACGAGCUUCACUCUCUCGACUUCAGCACUGCGUUCCUGCAGUGGAGCCUCCGACGGCCAGUCUACGGUCUCCGCCAGGCACCGCGUGAGUGGCACGACACACUGAGGACUACACUUGCGGCUCUUGGGUUUGCUCCGUCUACUGCUGACCCGUCGCUGUUUCUGCGCACCGACACUUCACUGCCGCCGUUCUACAUCCUCGUGUACGUCGACGACUUGGUCUUUGCCACAGCGGACACUGCUGGACUCGCCUACGUGAAGUCCGAGCUGCUGAAGAGACACACGUGCACAGACCUGGGUGAACUGCGCAGCUACCUUGGCUUGCAGAUCACUCGGGAUAGAGCACGCCGCACCAUUACCUUGACUCAGUCACACAUGGUGCAGCAGGUCCUUCAGCGCUUCGGCUUCACGUACUCCUCGCCUCAGGCCACUCCUCUGUCUACUCGUCACUCGCUCUCAGCUCUGCCUUCGGAUGAGUCCGUAGAGUCGAGUGGCCCGUACCCAGAGCUUGUUGGCUGCCUCAUGUACCUGAUGACCUGCACACGACCUGACCUUGCAUACCCUCUGAGCAUUCUUGCACGCUAUGUUGCUCCUGGGAGACACCGACCAGAGCACAUGGCUGCAGCUAAGAGGGUAUUGCGCUACCUGUGCAGUACGUCGGGCAUGGGGCUAGUGCUUGGAGGGCGGAGUCCAGUGGUCCUUGCAGGCCACGCGGACGCUUCUUGGGCUGACGACCAGGCUACGCAGCGGUCGUCACAGGGUUACACCUUCAGUCUUGGUUCCGGCUCUGUCUCCUGGCGGUCUACUCGUUCGUCUUCGGUUCUCGGCUCUAGUUGUGAGGCUGAGAUCUACGCCGGGGCCAUGGCUGCACAGGAGCUUCGCUGGCUCACCUACCUGCUGACUGACCUUGGAGAGCCGCCUCGUUCUCCUCCAGUGCUGUACGUAGACAACAAGGCUAUGCUGGCCUUGUGUCGAGAGCAGCGCUUGGAGCACAGAACGAAGCACAUUGCUCUCUGCUACUUCCUUGCUCGUGAGCUGCAGCAGCGUGGUCAGUUGCGACUUGCGUACGUGGCCUCUGAGGCCAACACUGCUGAUGUGUUCACUAAGGCACUUGCGCCUUGUGACCAUCAGCGCUUUUGUACCCAGCUGGGUCUUGUGUCUGUCUUGCCUCACUUGCUCUCCUCUUGA